CCCGAGUCUAAUAGCUACUGGCUUUGGCUUCCAGCAGCGUAGCUUUGGCAGUGACAGCAGCUUUGGCUUCUGGCGCUUGGGCAUUGUGGCACGUGCGUCGGCUCUUGCAUGAGAGUGAGCUAUGUGUGGCCUGUGCGGCAACAGCAUCCCAUCCAUCCAUCCCUCCAUCCAUCCACCUCCGUCCAGACGCGGCAAGGGGGUCCGAUCAUCAUGCUUUCUCAUUUGCAUAGCGCAGACUCUAGCUGUGAACAGCAUCGACAGCGCUCGCGUCGCCUUUCACGUGAGCCGCAGAAUCUUCGGAGGUCGGUUUCGACGCAGCAUCAGACGCUCCUCGACGUGAACCUGCCCUCACGCCCCGCCCCUGCCUGGCGCUUGCCAACGCGAUGACGCGACUGACCGCCGCACAGCAGCCGACACCGAGAUCUACCUGUUGAGAUCUGUCGACCUCCAUCACUCAAGCUUGACGUCUCAUCGAAGCCCUGACCUGCGUUUCUGUCAUGCGGCCUUGUAUAUGGCUUCACUCGCACUGCCCUUCAGCUGCCGUUGUCAGCCUUUCAGGUCAGAUGCACUCGGGCUGUCCUCUACUGCAGCUCAAAAGGGGCGCUAGAGCAGGUUACAGUUCUGCUCCCUUGGCUUCUUUAUGCGCGCUCUUCAUCCGCUGGCCAGCGGCGCCGCGGUCACUACCACUCGAUGCAGCUGCUUUACGCUGCGUUAGCGGAUCUUUUCUGACUGUACGGUCGGGCCCUUUCACCUUCACCUUCAAGCUCGAAGCAAAGCCACAAACUUCGCUUGCGCUUCAGGCCACCAAUGCUUAAAUUGGACACCUUACUCGUUCUACCCUCGGAAGGCGAUGCCUU